UCCUGCCGAGCCGCUGUUUCCUUGCCCAUCAUCUGGGCUUCCUUCGCCGCAAACGUUUCCACCGACAUGUACUUGAUUUUGAUACCUAUUCCUCUGUUGUGGGAGUCCAGUUUGCGCCUUGUGAAGAAGAUAGCUUCGACUAUCGUGCUUGGUGCCGGUAUAUUUGUUUUGGUCUGUGAUACCAUGAAGAGCAUAUUCGUUAUCGUCGAUCCUAUCAACGGAGCCCAGCUUGCAGGUACAUGGGGUACCCGCGAAACAUUUGUCGCGGUAGUCACAACGAACCUUCCCAUGAUCUUUCCGUUGAUCAGGACAUGGCUCGAGCCUUUCUGGCCGAGUGCUCUGCGUUCUUCCAAGAAGACGUACAAAACACCGAGUGGGUUUCAAACAAUAGGUGGCGGCAACGUAAACUCUCGUAGCAGAGAUCGUCGGACUGGUACAACCCAGGCCAACCAGGUUGCCUCCAGUCUUACUUUCACCGAAAGCGAAGAGCGAAUUAUGAAAGCCGUCAAACUGCAAAGCUUCAGAGGCUCUCUGCCAGCUUCUUCUGGAAAAAAAUCGCCGGGUGGGAUCAUAGUGUCCAAUGAGAUCGAAAUCGCCGCCGAGGACAGACAUAGUCAUUAUGGUGAGCAGCGCCCUCAACGUUAUAUAUGA